UUGGAGUUCAGAGGUACAUUCCCCUUGCUGUUUUUGAGUUCCACUGCAAAAGCUGAUCAGUUUAGUAGCCGUUUUGCAACUAAAGCAAACAUGGAAGAUGCAUUACCUUGUGAUACCCAGGUCUUUUCUUCUUCUGUGAUUCUGUCUAUAACCCAGAUAAAUUCUCUCUUGGAACAAGAUGUGGCUGGUGUGCAAAGGAAAAUGGAAGAGUUCCUUCAUUUUAAAGAGCUACAAACAAAUUUAAAGGAAGCCAUUUUGCUUGAUUAUUACGUGGAUGGUUUUUGCUGGGGGAAAGAGAUGAGCUUCACUUCUGAGCAACUUGCAGAUUUUAUGGGAUUAUUGUAUUUAUUGCUGGAUAAUUUAGAGACCAAAAAAAUGUCACUUGAAGAGAACUUAAAAGACCUGGGGAGACUGCUGACUGGCAUAGGGCAAAGUCAUCCUGGCAAAAAGGGAAUCUUUACUUUGUUCAGCGUUGAACAAGCCAAAGACAUCAUCAGCUAUUUUAAAAUUAGUUUAUUUCAGCAUUACAAGCUCUAUCAAUGCAUGUUCAGUGUUCCUAGGGAUGUGAUGGUGCUAGGGGCAGAGAACAUGAUCAGUGUUGUUAAACCAGAACCAACAUUUCCUGCUCCACUUGAGGAAGGAAUUUCUUCUGAAAUCUACUCACAGUACAUCGCUCCGCCAGUAGCACUAUCACCCAUAACAGGGACAGAAAAUACCAUGAUAGAUCAGCCUGUUGAAGGGCUGGGGGGGAAUGAAAAGACAGCAGAUGAAGUUGAUCCCCUGAGUGGUUUCACCGUAGAAGAUGUGAAGACGGUCUUAAAUCAGGUUACAACAGAAGUUAUUGGCAGCCUACAGGCUGAGAUACAUGAAAAGCUGCGAGUACAGGAAGAGGCCCUCACCGAAAAAAUAGAAAACCUCCAAAAGUCCCGCUUUUCCUACUGAACCAUAGAGAACACUACACAUGUCAAAAGAGAAUAUCAACACUAUUGUGUUUGUGCAAGGACACCAACAUUAGUGAUGGGCGAAUAAAUUCACCUGGUGGGAACUCCCGUCAAAAAAUUUGGACCCGCGUCCGAAAAGUAGCUCGCAUCAAAAUCGGUGAGCGUCAACACCCAUUGACUUUAGCACCAGACUCAAAAUUGACGAGAGCGACUUUUCGGACAUACGUCCAAAAUUUACGUGGGUGUCAGUUUUCGAGUUUCACAAAUUUUUUGUGGAUUUUACACCAUUUGGUGGGAAAUUCGCAAAUUUUUCAUCGAAACGAAACAGGAGAAAU